AUGCAUAUUCAAGAUCCACAGACGAUGAACGGUUUUAGUGGAAAGUCACGAGGCAGAAGAGCACGUGGCACCCGUGGUCGACCAACAGCUACAUCAGGCCAGUUACAGUCUGGCUCCGUUAACAGGCCAAACACCUGCUGCACGGCGUCACCAGCGCGACAGCUGCCUGUUGCCUUUAAUAUUGAAGUUCCUGCACCUGAAAACCCUGGAUCUGUUGCCAUACCGCCACCAAUGCCUCAUCAGCCACCUGUCACCGUCAAUAAUGAAGUUGCUGUACGUCAGAACCCUGUACCUGUUGCCACACCGCCACCAAGGCCUCAUCAGCUACCUGUUGCCGUCAAUAUUGAAGUUGCUGUACCUGAAAACCCUGAACCUGUUGCCAUACCGCCACCAAUGCCUCAUCAGCCACCUGUCGCCGUCAAUAAUGAACUUGCUGGACGUCAGAACCCUGUACCUGUUGCCAUACCUUCACCAAUGCCUCAUCAGCCACCUGUCACCGUCAAUAAUGAAGUUGCUGUACGUCAGAACCCUGUACCUGUUGCCACACCGCCACCAAGGCCUCAUCAGCUACCUGUUGCCGUCAAUAUUGAAGUUGCUGUACCUGAAAACCCUGAACCUGUUGCCAUACCGCCACCAAUGCCUCAUCAGCCACCUGUCGCCGUCAAUAAUGAACUUGCUGGACGUCAGAACCCUGUACCUGUUGCCAUACCUUCACCAAUGCCUUAUCAGCCGCCUGUCACCGUCAAUAACUGGCUUGUCGAACAUCAAGGACUCAUCGUUAAUGACAUGCCACCACCAAGGCCUCAACAGCCACCCGAUGCCGUCAAUGACGGACCCGUUGUCGUCAAUAAUGGACUCGUUGUGCCUCAAGAACAGGCUGGUUAUGCCAUGCCACCAAGAUUUGUUCAGCUACCUGGUGCUGUCAAUAACCAAGCUGUUGGACGUCAGGAACAUGAUGUUAAUCCCAUGCCGCAACUGCCUCGUCAGCCACUCGCUGUCCCUAAUAAUGGACCCAUUGUACUUCAUGAACAGGCUGUUGAUGCCAUGCCUCCAAGAUUUUUUCAGCCACCUAAUGCUGUCAAUAACUGA